GACGGAGACGGUCACGCCGCACCACACCCUCACCGGCCACCACCAUGGAUUACGCCGCUCACGCCGCGGCGGCGCCGCCGGCGGCCGAUCCCCAUCCUCCCUACGCUCACCCCUACGGCUACCCAUACACCUACCCGCCGUACCACCAGCCAGACCCCGCCGCCGCGAACCCCCCCGCCGCCUCCUCCUCCUACUACUACUCCAACCCUACCGCCCCGGCUGACGCGCAGGCGCAGGCGCAGUACAACCCGUACGCCGCCACGUACCACUACUACGACCCCUCGGCGGUGGCCUAUGGGGGAGGCGGCCUGGCGCAGUACUACUUCAGCACCGGCGAGGCCUCUCAGGCUCCGCCUGUUUCGGCGCCGCAGCCAGCUCCGGCGCCGACUGGUGGACAGGCGGGGAAGCAUUUCGGGUUCGAUCCCCAGCGCUACGCGCAGGUAGCAGCUGCGAAAGCUCCAAAUGGAGUGGCACCAGAAGCUGCAGCCACAGUCAUGCACCAUGCUCAGUGGAAUGCCCAUUUCGGCCAUCCUCUACCAAGGACCGCUCCGAGGAAGUUCAUCAAGAAAAUUCCAAAGGUUGUGCAACCAUUAACCUGUGAAGUCUGCAAGAUUGAGUGUGAUACCCAAGAAGUUCUCGUGAUCCAUAAAACAGGUAAGAAGCACAAGAAGAAUUUGCAGAAGUUACAAGAUUCGAUCACACCUAAACCAGCAAAGCCUCUGAACGGUGCUGUUGGAGCAAGUACAGCAGCUGCCCCUGCUGUUGCUGAUGGCAUAAUGCCAGCUGUACAGCCAAGGAAGAAUAAGAGCUCCCAAGCAACUCCAGAAGACCUGGAGGUGAAGAAGAGAAAAGUCCUUGAGGCCGGAGCAGCUCAAGGUGAAGUGAAGAUUUGCACGGCGUGCAAUGUCGUCGUCAACAGCCAGAAGGUUUACGAGUUCCACAUAGCUGGGCAUAAGCAUAAGGCCAAUGUGCAAAAGCAGCAGCAAGGGCAGCUUCCCCAUGUAGCCUGAGAUGAAGAGCGUCUCGAUUCUCCUAUUUUCCCCAGACUUCCAAAGCGUCAACAGUAUUCACAUAUUCAUGCCUUCUACUGUGUUGGUAGGUUAGCUUAAACUUCACCAGUCACUCUGUUGUCGUUCCAGUUUUCCCAUUGUAGUGUAGCAGAAUUGACAGUAAAUUAUUUUGUCUUCUGCCUGCUGCGGGUAAGCAGUGGAUAGUGGUGGUAAACGUUGUGAUGUAUUUGUGUCUUAGAGGGGGGUUCCUUAACAAGUUUGAGAUUGCCAAGACUGAUGGAUAUGGUGGUGCUCUUGCUAUGUGAGUUCCCCUUCUGUAUUGUGAUAAUCUGAAUACAGAAUCGUGCAUUGUGAAAUUUCAUGAAAGUUACAAUGGAAUGGUGGCCGAAAGAUUUUGUGUUUGCA